CAACGUCGUUGGUUGUUCAUGUGUUUGUCUUGGCAGCGAGACAGACUGUAUGCUUUAUAGCUCAGCGCAAAGCGGACGCACAUUCUUUCUUUUGCAAAACACAUCGGAGACGACAGUAUGUUGACGGAAUGCCAGACCAUCCUCUGCCUGGCCUUGGCGGUCGUUCUGGGCUCAGCGCUGGGGCUUGGUGAGGACAUGGACCGGCCUCUCUUCGGUCCUCCCGGCUCUCCUAUUCGGCUGAUGGAGUCAGAUCCCGGCUUAAAAAAGGCUCUGCAGUUUGCCGAGGAGCGAUACAAUCUGGGUUCUAACGCCAUGCACCUCCGCAAAGUCAGCAGGCUCGUCUCCGCAACCAAACAGGUGGUUAAGGGGAUCCGCUACACCAUAACAGUGGAGCUGAGUAACACUCAGUGUAAAAAAUCAACUAUGCUCCGGACUUGUGACUUCUACCCUGAACUACAGAAUCUGAAGACGGAGGUUUGUGUGUUUGAAAUUUGGGACAUACCCUGGCAGGGAGCUUCAACUCUGCUCAAACAGAAGUGCCAACCAAAAGCUGUACCAGAAGAAACAACCGAAUCGACUUCGGCUAAGCAGCCCCAGGAGGAGUCUGUGGGCCUUUUCAAAAACUUCAUGAUGAAAUACAAAAAAGUCUACAGCACCCAGGAGGAGGCUGACCGCCGUUUGCGGAUCUUCCACGAGAACCUGAAGAUGGCUGAGAAGAUCCAGUCUUUGGAUCAAGGCUCUGCAGAAUACGGCAUCACCAAGUUCAGCGACCUCACAGAGGAAGAGUUUCGUUCGACAUACCUGAACCCGCUGCUGAGCCAGUGGACGCUUCAGCGACCAAUGAAACUGGCUUCUCCUCCUCGGGGCCCCGCCCCUGCAAGCUGGGAUUGGAGGGAACACGGAGCUGUCAGCUCGGUUAAAAAUCAGGGGAUGUGUGGAUCUUGCUGGGCGUUUUCUGUUACAGGCAACAUUGAAGGCCAAUGGUUUCUGAAAAAUGGAAAAUUACUGUCUUUAUCAGAACAAGAACUGGUGGACUGUGACAGGCUGGACCAGGCGUGCAGAGGCGGCUUGCCGUCAAACGCCUACGAAGCCAUUGAAAAUUUGGGUGGUCUGGAGUCAGAGAGUGACUACUCCUACACUGGCCACAAGCAGACGUGUGACUUCACCAGCAGAAAGGUCGCUGCCUACAUCAACAGCUCCGUGGAACUGUCCAAAGAUGAGAGUGAAAUUGCAGCAUGGCUGGCUGAGAACGGCCCCGUCUCUGUCGCUCUGAAUGCCUUUGCCAUGCAGUUUUACAGGAAGGGUGUAUCCCACCCUUUUAAGAUAUUUUGUAACCCCUGGAUGAUCGACCAUGCUGUGCUGCUGGUGGGCUAUGGAGACCGUAACGGAACUCCAUUCUGGGCUAUCAAAAACAGCUGGGGGGAGGAUUACGGAGAGCAGGGUUACUACUACCUAUAUAGGGGAUCCAACGCAUGUGGAAUCAACCGGAUGGGUUCAUCUGCUGUUGUCAACUAAAUAACACUGCUUUAUUUACCACACGUAUGCAAACACACGCGAACAUGCGUGAUCACACCAUCAGGCACAUGUUUGAUCCACACUGCUCAUUCAAAUACGGCAACCUGAUGUUACUUUUAGUGUUCCUCUAUUCCAAAACAUACCAGCGCUAGUGUUGCUGUUACAAAUGUUGGUGAUUUUAUUGAAUUUUGAAAGUAUUUUUAACAUAAAUUUAAUGUGUGCUUUUUAAUUUGUCACCCUUAGAGGUAAUUUUUUUUGUUUUUUAGGCAAAACAGUUUUUUCCCCCUCACAUAAUUGCUGUUUAUAGUGUGAUGCAUUAGUCCUGUGCUGUGGAUUUAAAUCAGUUUUGUUCCCAUUGUCCUGAAAAAUGUGAUUUUGAAUUGAAUUGAGUUUCCGAGUAAAGUUUGUUGGAGAUGGAUAAGAAAUAAAAGAAAAUUGAAUUAAAA